UCUCUACCGCUACAUCACAGCAACGCAGCCAUGAAAUUCACACCUUUCCAUCUUUUUUAAAAUUUUUUUAAAUCCCAUCUGCGGCCAACUACGUUUGCAUAUUUGUUCCAAGUAUAUAAAUCCAAUACUUUUACCGCGUCAUUGAGUGUGGCUGUCGGGGUCACGCGAGUGUUAUGGGAAAAGAAGGCUGGGUGUGUUUGGUUGGUGAAUAUGAUUAAAUGGAGCACUCAGGAAAAACGAUUGAGGGAGCAGUAGGAGGGUCAACCGGGUAGGAUGUAGAAAAGAGCGUGUGUGUGUGUGCGCGUGUGUGAGCGUGAGCACAUCCCCUGCAGGAGGGCCGUGGGGGCUGGGUUGCGUUCAGUGAGCCACACGCAUGUAUCUUUGAUGCAAAAUAGUGCCUCUGAGUGCCAUCACGAGGGGAUUGUUCAGCCACCAUUGGUGCGGCUCAGAUUGUAGCCGGAGAGCGAGGUGGGGAGGAGGAGGAGGAAGAGGAGGAGGAGGAGGAGGGUGCGAGGGCUUUGGGGGGGGGAGGGAGGCGGUGAGCGAGAGAGAGAGAGAAUGAGAGAAACUGAAGCGGCAGCCACAGUAACAGGCAGGCUUGCAGGACGGAGGCAGGAGCGGGAGCCGAAGAGAAGAGGAGAGAGCCGCUGCGUCCAGGAACCGGAAGAUGCCGAGGCUGGGAAGGGGAGCUGGUUCACAUGUGAGGGCCGCAGCGAUGACUUCAUAAGCGGGCUGAGAGAAAAGGAAGAGGAGAGCCCUCGGAGACUCUACGCAUCGUCCUUUUUACUCUUCAUCAGCACUUCGCUUCUCGGCACAGUCCUUCGCUCUCUGCUUUUAUUGCUGAGGUGUAGCUGAGCUCAUCGACCGCGGAAGACAUGCCGGUUCUUUCGGCGGGUGCAGCCGUUCCCUCCGUUUGUCCAGGACUGCACGAAACGCUGGCCCUGCUGACCUCCCAGCUGCGGCCCGAUGCCAACCACAAGGAGGACCUGGUCUUCCUCAAGGACGUCUUCAGCGAGAGGAGCCUCGGCUACCUGAUGAAGAUACAUGAGAAGCUGCGACAGUACGAGCGGCUGAGCCCGACGCCCAUUCUCCACAGCGCCUCCUCCCUGGCAGAGGAUGUGGCCGAGGAGCUGCAGAGCGGACCGAUGAGCGGCGAUGAGAAGGAGCUCCUGCAGCUGCUGGCGGCUCCACACCUCAAGGCAGUGCUCUCGGUGCACGACACCGUAGCGCAGAAGAACUUUGACCCCGUCUUGCCCCCGCUGCCAGACGAGCUGGAUGAUGAGCUCGAGGAGGAGUCUGUGAAAAUAGUGCGUCUGGUUAAGAAUAAGGAGCCCUUGGGCGCCACCAUCCGUCGAGAUGAGUCGACAGGGGCGGUGGUCGUGGCCAGGAUCAUGAGGGGAGGGGCUGCGGAUCGCAGCGGCCUGGUGCAUGUCGGUGAUGAGCUACGAGAAGUGAACGGCAUCCCUGUCAUCCACAAAAGACCGGAUGAAAUAAGCCAAAUUUUGUCGCAAUCCCAGGGUUCCAUCACCCUCAAGAUAAUUCCGGCAAUAAAGGAGGAGGACCGGCUGAAGGAGAGCAAGGUGUACAUGAGGGCACUCUUUGACUAUGUCCCCACUGAGGACAAGGCCACGCCCUGCCAGGAGGCGGGGCUUCCGUUCUCAAGAGGCGACAUCCUGCAGGUUGUGAGUCAGGACGACCCCACCUGGUGGCAAGCCAAGCGGGUGGGCGACAGCAACCUGCGAGCCGGUCUCAUCCCCUCCAGACACUUCCAGGAGAAGCGACUCGCUUACAGGAUGAAAAUGGGGACUCUUCAGAAUCCCAGGUCGCCGAAACCACCCAUCUACGACCGGGCUCCAGACAGAGAGGACUGUGACUGUGAGGCCUAUUUCAAUGGACAGUACAUAGCCGGCCUGCGGAGGAGCUUCCGCCUGAGUCGGAAGGAGCGGCAGGGAGACGUGCGCCCGCCGGAGUGCGGCGAACCCGAGUUCCUGACCUACGAAGAAGCGACGCGGUACCAGCAGAGGCAUGGCGACAAACCCCGCCUGGUGGUCCUCAUCGGUUCCCUGGGCGCCCGGAUAAACGAGCUGAAGCAGAAGGUGAUCGCCGAGAACCCGCAGCGCUACGGAGUGGCCGUGCCGCACACCACGAGGCCCAGGAAGAGCCACGAGAAGGAGGGCGUCGAGUAUCACUUUGUCUCCAAACAGGCCUUCGAGGCCGACGUGCACGGUAACAAGUUUAUUGAGUACGGGGAGUACAAGGAGAACCAAUACGGCACGAGUCUGGAAGCCAUACGCAGCGUUCUGGCCAAGAAUAAGCUCUGCUUGGUUGACGUGCAGCCAGAGGCCCUCAAGAUCCUUCGCACUGCAGAGUUCAAGCCCUACGUCAUCUUUGUGAAGCCACGCAUUGCGGAGAGCAGGAGGCACCGCGGCAACGCCACCUCGCCUGGACCUGGAGAACCCGGUCGCCUCACGGAGGACGACCUGCAGGAGAUGCGUCAGUCGGCCCAGCUGAUCGACCAGCAGUACGGCCACCUGGUGGACCGCGUCCUUGUCAAGGAAGACAGCGCCAGCGCCUGCACGGAGUUGAGGAACAUUCUGGAGCGGCUGGAGCGGGAGCCUCAUUGGGUGCCCGUUAGCUGGGUGAGGACCUAGACCCCAGUCCUCGGGCCCCCGCAUAGACUCCGCCCCCUUUGCGUAUUCUCCUUUAUCAGCCAAGCCUCCAUUGACAUUGUUUCUUCUUGAGAAAUAAGUGCAAGGAAAAGCAGGUGAGAAGAAAAAUGGAAGCCCUCAAGGCCAACCUGAGUACUCAAGCAGGGAUUUGGGCAGAUAGAGGUUUGAGCAGAUAGAGCUCUUGAAGGUUAGCGUUACCUGCUCUUUGGCCGCCCACCACCUGCCUCUCCACUCAGGCAGGUUCAGCCCAGUUGUACGUUGUUCUGAAACUGGAGUCAUCAUCAGAAUGUGUUCAACAGUCACUCCUGUUCCUCAUCUUCCUAAAACCCCAUCAUUCCAUGAUCAUUCAUAUUCUUUGUUCCAUAAGCUGGUCCCCCUUGCUUCUCGUAUUGCCAUACCUCAUUCUAUUGGUCCUCCCAGCGAUGCUGCUGAACUUGUGCAAAAGAAAAAAAAAAUUGGCAUAAAAGUUGGAACCUGUUGUGUCCUGGUGUUCCUUUGCUGACCGACGUGAAAGAAAGACCCUGAUGAUAUGAAUUUUGGACCUCGCAACACCCAUCUGUCUUAGUCCCUGUUGUACACAUCAGAGAAGUAAUUGAGGCGUUCCGAAUAAUAAUAGUUUUAUCUUGACUGUUUGGACAUCUUAAAUUUUUUUCAAGUGCAUGAUGGUUCACCAGCAGGGAUGUAUUGUCUGUCUCAUGUGAAAAUGUCAAUUUUGUAUUUUCUGUUCUGAUAAGGUGCCCAUCAUUGUCUGAAUGCUGACCUACAAAUAAAUGUUGAAAAAUUAUUUUUUAAAUGCAGACUAAUCAUUGUUCCUUUGGCCUGCUGUUCAAAAGUAGACCAUUUUCACUCUGCAAAUAAUUCAGCUAAAUACAAACAUAGCCUCAUUUUAAG